AAAUAUUCAAUGUACUCUAUGAUUAAUGUCAAUCCGCGGUUGAUUCAAUUUUAUGAGUGCAGGAUAUUUUAAUUUUUAUUUUAUUAAAUCUCGUUAAAAUAUGUACACAAGCGUCACAAGUUGUUUGAAGUUCACUCUAUGAGUGUUUUGCAUUAUUUAAUGUGAUUCGUGCUGCACUGUGAACAUUAAGUGAAUUUUUUGUUUGACAGUGUAAAAAAUAACCUUGCAAACAAAGUUGAAAAAGUGUUCAAUGUAAACCAGUGUACAUAUAUAUAAAAAAAAAGUUUGAUCAUUGUUCUACGCUUUCGUCGUUCUUAUAUAACAAGAAGGUCAGUUAAAGUUUUUAUAUAAAAUAGAAAAGAUAGAGUUAAUCAAUAAAUGAUCAAAAAUGUUAAACACAUGCAUAAGAAGUUAUAAAAUGCUUGAUAUCAAAAGUAUAAUGAAAUAUGCUUCAAAGAGGUAUAUAAAUAAUUCUAUAUGGAUAAAAACCUGUCCAUGUGGCAAUAUGUAUUUUAAAAACCAAAGAUUAUUUGAAAAUAGAUUAUUUCUUAAGAACAUAAGAGUCCAUUCUACACAAAGCGACCACCAUAGACAAAAAGUUGUUAUGGAGACAUCUACACCAAAAAUAGUCAUAGAGAAAAUUGAAAUUGAGAAAUUGGCACACAAUAAAAGUAUAAACAGGAGUUUAUCAAAGUUUUGGAGGAAAAAUGUUGAUCCAUAUAUCAAAUUGUCAAGAUGGGAUAAACCUAUAGGCGUGUACCUCCUCUACUGGCCGUGCUCAUGGUCCAUCGCGCUGGGCUCCCUGCCCGGCAAUGUUCCACUCAGCACCAGCCUUCACACUGCAGCGCUGUUCCUGGCAGGUGCCGGCCUUAUGCGCGGCGCUGGGUGCACCAUCAACGACCUGUGGGACAGAGACAUUGACGCCAAGGUAGAAAGAACAAAAAACAGGCCCUUAGUAUCAGGAGCUAUUACAGAGAGGCAGGCAGUUGGUUUCCUCGCUGUGCAGUUGAGCCUCGGCCUGGCUGUGCUGUUGCAGUUGAACUGCUACAGCGUGCUGCUGGGAGCAAGUAGCAUGAUUCUAGUCAUCACGUACCCGCUAGCGAAGAGAUUCACAAACUACCCGCAAAUAUUUCUGGGAGCCACUUUCAACUGGGGAGCCUUGCUCGGCUACUCGGCUAUACAGGGCUACAUCGAGCCGACUAUAUGCGUGCCGCUGUAUCUGUCAGCUUUAUCCUGGACCGUGCUGUACGAUACUAUAUACGCGCAUCAAGACAAGCGCGACGACGCUCGGUUAGGCAUCAAGUCGACGGCGCUAACCUUCGGCGCACACACCAAGCCGGCCCUCAGCGGAGCCCUGGCGCUCAGCCUGUGCGGGCUAGCGCUCGCAGGCCACGCGGCAGAGCUGUCCGCGCCGUACUACGCCGCGCUAGCUGCUUACGCCGCGCACGCUGGUACACAGAUAUACACACUGAACACAGAAAACCCUGACGACUGCGCAAAAAAGUUCAAAUCGAACUCUAUGGUAGGUCUUAUUAUAUUGUUGGGCAUACUAGGCGGCGGUUACCACCGAUACAUAGACAAUAGACAAAAGAAUACAGGCAAAGAGGAUUUAAGUGUUGCCAGAAGCUGCUUUUUUAGCUAAUAUUAAAUAAAUAAGCUUGUAAUUUAAUUACGCUGCGAACUUUGUUAAACGAAUAGUGUGACGUCACGCGUUUUUGUCAUGAAAUUGUUAUAGCUAAAAAAAGCCAAGGUUAAAGUUCUUUCACUUAAGUGAGUGUUGGAUAGAUUACCAUCUGUCAUAAAAUGAUUACCAAGUUUCAUGUAAUUGUGGAUUGAACCCCCAAUAACUCCGCAAUAAUAUAGCGUGCUGUUUAAUGCCAGUAGAAUUAAUAGAUCCGUGCGUCAUGAAUAUAUUCGAGCGUCAUGGAAAUAUUACCAAAUGUCAUGAAGGUGCUGGUUGAAUGAAACCUCAAUAUCUCCGCAAUACAGUGUUAUGGGUGUGGAUUUUCAUCAUAACGCCUAACAAGUUAGCCCGCUUCUAUUUUAGGUUGCAUCAUCAAUUACCGUCAGGUGAGAGCUAACUUGUAAAGAAUAAAAAAAAUACUAUAUCAUGCUCAUACCAACAGUGUGAGUAGAUCUGUCUGUCAUUAAAUCAUUAGAGAAUAUGUCAUGAAAUUAUUAGAGAAUCUGUCAUGAAAUUAUUACCAAAUGUCAUGAAGUUGUCACUGAGGGUAUAAACUUAAAUAGUUGACACAAUGUGUGUAUAUUUGGAGUAAAAAACCGCGUGACGUCAUAGUUUUCUUAAUCUACCACGAAUUACCGAUUUACUGCGAUCUCAUCUGCCAUUAAAUAAUCAAUAACUUAAAAUAUAUACAAUACAAACCAAGCAUCUGACGCUUAGAUCAAUUACCUAUUGAACCUGCCUCGCUAAAGGUUACCCCUCUAUCAAAACUAAAUGAUCAUGAUCUAACGUAUUCAUACAAACUGCGUCUAUAAAAUCGAUGUUUCACUGUGUUACAAUUACACGUACACGUGUGUGUAUUACGAUUUAAAAUGUAUAGUUGUGUGUUAGUGUAAAGAAAAUAUAUUUAUUAGUGUUGAAUAUUUUCGAUGUGUGAGUUUACCUCGUCCCCAUCAAAAAACGACAGACAAUUUUGUAGGUGAAUGGUAAUUGGUCUGAGAUAUGACGACAUUUGUCAAAUAUAAAUGUUUUGUCCUUAAAAAGUGCCAUCUAUGAAUGACAUUAAUGUUCCAAUAUUUUCCUAUAGAUGUCGCUAUACAAUAUGAUUGUAAUACUACUGGUAUUAUAAUAAAAACGCCUUAUUUUUUUAAUUGUGAAAUAAACAGUAUUUGAAAAGAAUACUUUAAAAUUUAUAAGAAUAUUUGAAAAGAAUAAUAUUAAUUAAUAUUAAUUUUUUUUUGCACUUUUAUUAGUUUAAUAUCGAAAAUUGUUUUCAUAUUUUUCUAUUUUGUAAAUCGUAAAAUAGUUUUUUUUUUAUUCUGUGCCUAGUACCAAAUUCCUAGUUUUUUUAAUAGAUAGUAGAAUGUUGAUAUUGGUUAAGUAAUUGUAUUAUAUUAUAAAUUAUUAUUUCAUUGUGUACAUAAUAUUGUAAAAAAAAAUUAUCUAAGAUAAUCAUUUUGGGUUCUGACCUUUUUGAUUGGGUAUAUCUUUAUUGUACAGUGUGGCAUGGUUUUAUUGGCACUUAGGUAAAAUCGGUACUAAAGUCAAAUUCUGUAAAUUUUUGACAGUUUAUGAGUUCUGCAAAAUUUUUAUCAGUUUAUGGGUCAUAUACAUAUAAAAAAUCAUCUAUAUCAGGGAAUCUCUCCUAGUAUCUUAUAAUAUGAAAUUAAACAUUUUGAAAAACCCCCAAAGGUCAUGAAAAAUUGGAUUUCAACCCCCACAACUUUUAAACGCACAUAAGUUACCUUUAACACAAAAAAACUAAAUUGAAAUUGCUUCAACCGUUCAUGGCAUGUUCAUGGGCUAUGGCGUCACAGACAGACACGUCAAACUUAUAACACCCCUCUUUUUUGCGUCGGGCGUUAUUAAAGAGCUGUAACUGCGACUAUUAAGUACCUACGAUUAAUUCAAUUAGUGUCAAAAAUCGAUUAAUAGUGUCAAAAGAUUCUUGUCGCACUGUAUCGUAGACAAAGAAAGAAAUAGAAGACUGAUUGACGUGAGUGAAAAGAUAUUCGAUUCUGACGUCAUUUUCGUAUGUUAUAAGUAUAUAAUAGAAAUAAUUUAUUCGUUAGCACGACACAUAACUACAUAAUAACUUAAAAGUAUUAUAUUAUAGAGUCCACAGUUGUUCUAUUUAAAAAAAAACGUGAUGGACACCAUCUAUUCAUCUAUUACUUUCUCUGUCUACGCACAAAUCCAUAGAUUAUAUAUAUUUUUUAUUUGGGUGGGAAUUUUGUUGUGAGUUAGACUCCUGGGUAUUAGGUUUAAUAUUAAUAAUAAUUAGUUGAAUGGUUUUAUUAUUUAUAGGCUGUGAUUUGGUUAAUUAUUAAUUAAUGUUAGAAAAAAACUUUGGUUGGUUAUCGUUAGUGUGAGAUGUAAUAGUACAAAUCAGGUUCUUAAUUUUGCCAAAAAUUUUUUUUAAAUUUUAAAUAAUUUUAAAUAAGCAUUUAUUCAUUAUUCAUAUUCUUUUUUAUGAAACAGGCUCGCGCUUGACCACAAUCUCAUCAGUAGGUUAGCAUGUGACCAAACGACGUAUGAACGGAACUUAUGAAGGGAAAUAGACAAAUGUAACCCAAUAGCAGUGCAACCAAAAAUAUUGAUUUCGUUGCGUUGAGCCGCUAAAUAUAUGAAAAAUAUAUGAAACUCAAAGGUGACUGACAGACAGUGAUCUAUCAACACACAGCCCAAACCACUGGACGGAUCGGCCUGAAAUUUGGCAUGCAGGUAGAUGUUAUGACGUAGGCAGCCGCUAAGAAAGGAUUUUGAUCAAUUCUACCCCCAAGAGUAUAAAAUAGGAGAUAAAAGUUUUGUAUGAAACUGUCAAUUUUGCGGCAAUUUAGCUGAAAGGAGAUGGUCCAAAAUUGUACGGAGAUUGCGGGAUUUUUGAAAAACUGAAUUCCACGCGGACAAAGUCGCGGGCGCCCGCUAGUUGGUUGAUAUUUUGUCUAUUUCUCGCCACAAGAUAAGGCAUUGGUCGCAUGCUAGGCAUACAGUAGGCCUAAGAUGCGCUCCACAACAUUGAAAAUUGCAAAGAGAUAAAACGAAAUCUAAAAUAUACCUCUGUUUCGUCCCAUCGCAACGAAAGAGAUAUUUUUUUUUUAAUUAUUUUUUUUUAAUUAUUGCUCUACUUAUGGUAGACAUAUUUUGUUUAUGUCGGUCUCCGUGUUGCAAUAGAUUUACAAGAGGUCCUGGGUUCGAUCCCGAUUUCGAUUUCUUCUUAAUUGGUCUAGUUACCACCCCACUGGCAAAGACGUAAUGCCAAACGAAUAAGCGUUCCGGUACGAUGUCGUGUAGAAAAGAAAUUUUCAUCCUCCUCCUAACAAGUUAGCCCGCUUCCAUCUUAGAUUGCAUCAUCACUUACCAUCAGGUGAGAUAGUAGUCAAGGGCUAACUUGUAGUGGAGCAGCAAAAAUUCGGCUCACUUUUUGCGGUGAUUUUGUAGGGACUUAACAUGUCUAUAGCAUAAAAUGUCUUUGUAUGUAGGUAUAUCAAACCUAAUUCCGAACUUCAAUAAAGUAA